AGCUUGAUAACAAAUGGUUAGCAGCAGGUAGCUAUCGCUUCGAGUUAAAGUGCAGCAACAGAAGUGUUUUGAACUGUCCAGAAGAUAUAUAUUGCUUUAAUAUUUUUUUUCGGACGCUUUGAAGAAUACAUCAACGGAUUUAAAGUUAUACAAACGUAUACCUUUAGCGCAACAAAUGGGUUUGUAAUGUACACGUUAGUUACUUAGUUACUUUUGCACUUCUUAGCUAUCGUUAGCAGCAAAUAUACGACAGUACACUUUCAUCUGCUCAUGCUAAAUGUAAACUUAUUUGGUUUGUAGCUAAGGCGAUAUUACAUUAUACUACCAUUUAAACAUGGUGUCUGUACUUUUCAUUCAUACGUCAAUAUGAUGUCAGUGAAAGCCUCAUGUAAACUUUAAUGAAACUUGUUUUAAACAUAUAUAAUUGAUAGUUGAAGGAGCUAGCGUAAACAGUCACAUGCACAUCCUCGACUGUCUAUGACUUAUAGUGUAACAGACAUAAUGCCUUGAAGGUUCACUUCGUUUGUAGGACUUUGCAAAUAGUAAUUGUGUACGCUAUUCACCAUGGCAAGUGCCUUAGCAGCGAAAUUGGGAUUCAACUCAUUGCUAAGAAAACAAGCCAAGAACUUUAACGUCAGGAUCUGCACAAUGGAGUCAGACAUGGAGUUCAGCUGCGAGGUCAAGUGGAAAGGGAAAGACCUUUUUGACUUUGUGUGUCAAACUCUGGGGCUGAGAGAGACAUGGUUUUUUGGACUCCGGUACGACAUCAAGGACACAGUUGCUUGGCUGAAGAUGGAAAAGAGGGUUCUGGAUCAGGAGGUACCAAAGGAGGAACCAAUCACUCUUCACUUCCUGGCCAAGUUUUACCCUGAAAAUGCUGAAGAGGAGCUUGUGCAGGAUAUCACACAGCAUCUCUUCUUCCUACAGGUGAAGAAGAAUAUCCUGGAGGAGGAGAUUCACUGUCCACCUGAGGCCUCCGUGCUGCUGGCCUCUUACGCCGUCCAUGCUAAGUACGGAGAGUACGACCCCAAUGUCCACAAGCCGGGCUUCCUGGCUGAGGAAGAACUGCUCCCAAAGAGAGUGAUAAACUUGUACCAGAUGACUGCAGAAAUGUGGGAGGAGAGGAUCACGGCGUGUUACGCGGAGCACAGGGGCAGGACGAGGGAAGACGCUGAGGUGGAGUAUUUAAAAAUAGCUCAGGACCUGGACAUGUAUGGCGUCAAUUACUUUUUAAUCAGGAAUAAAAAGGGGACAGAUCUUCUCCUGGGAGUGGACGCCCUGGGCCUGCACAUCUAUGAGCCGGACAACAGGCUGACACCAAAGUGCUCCUUCCCCUGGAAUGAGAUCCGCAACAUAUCCUACAGCGACAAGGAGUUUACCAUCAGACCUCUCGACAAGAAAACCAAUGUUUUCAAGUUCAACUCUUCGCGACUAAGAGUCAACAAGUUGAUCCUCCAGUUAUGUAUAGGGAACCAUGACCUGUUCAUACGCCGUCGGCGGGUCGACUCGCUGGAAGUCCAGCAGAUGAAAUCUCAGGCCAGAGAGGAGAGGGCCCGAAAACAGGUAGAGAGGCAGCGUCUGCAGCGGGAGAAGCAGCUGCGGGAGGAGGCAGAGAGAGCCAGGGACGAGCUGAAGAGGAGGCUGAUUCAGCUGCAGGACGAGGCUCACAUGGCCAACGACGCACUGCUGCGUUCAGAGCAGACGGCUGACCUGCUGGCUGAGAAGGCCCAGAUCGCGGAGGAGGAGGCUAAGCUGUUGGCCCAGAAAGCUGCCGAGGCCGAGACAGAAAUGCAACGCAUCAAAGUGACGGCCAUCCGUGGCCAGGAGGAGCGGCGGAUCAUGGAGCAGAAGAUGCUAGAGGCAGAGAUGCUGGCCCUCAAGAUGGCCGAGGAAUCAGAGAGGAGGGCCCAAGAGGCGGAGCAGCUGAAACAGGACCUGCAGGAAGCCAAGGAGUCGGAGCGCAGGGCGAAGCACAAACUGCUGGAGAUCACCAGCAGGGCUGUCUAUGCGUCUCCUGGCCUGCCGUCUGACAGCAUGCCUCCCGACCUGAGCUUCAGCAGGGAGAACCUCAGCUUUGACUUUAAAGACACCGACAUGAAACGCCUCUCCAUGGAGAUCGAGAAGGAGAAAGUGGAGUACAUGGAGAAGAGCAAGCACCUGCAGGAGCAGCUGAAUGAGCUGAAGACCGAGAUUGAGAGUCUGAAGAUGAAAGAGAGAGAGACUCCUCUGGACAUCAUCCACAACCAGAACACCGAGCAGGGGACCAGCAAGCAGAGCAACUUUAAAAAGCUAACACUACAGAGCACUAAGUCCAGGGUGGCCUUCUUUGAGGAACUGUAAACGACGUACCUGUAAAGGUGGAGAUCACACCUGCCAACAAUCUCAUGACUCUACAUUCCUGGUCAGUUUAAAUGUUCGGCCACCGCUGCGAGACCUUAUGCUCUUACUGGGAAACCACUAUGAAACAAAAUAUAAUUACCACUGCCUUGAUCUGCGGCAGCUCCAGGGACCACGUGUGUACGCACAAACACGCGCACACAUAAUGUCUCUGCACUGUGUUUACAGUCAGAGUGUGUGAAAUACAGCACAUUCUCAGUGAAAAGUUUGGUAUUGUUUUUUUCAUUCAUGUAAAGAACAAAGGUAGGUGAUGAGAAGGAAUAAAAAUGGUCUUUGACUGAUCCAGUGCCACUGUGGCUGUAAUGAGAGAGUACUUUGAAUUAAAGAACGGUUAUUAUACUAAGUCUGGGAUGACCUACAUUUUUGAAGUGUUUUGAAUUCUAAUUUAAAAAGAAUUCUAAAGGAUAAAGUUGAACAAAAGAACAGAUUGAUUAUAUGAAAUGUCCUUAACCUGAUGCAAAUAUUUGAUAUUUAGUGGUCAAGGGCAGCUUAGACUGCCAAUUUGAUUUAUAAUGCAAAACAGAAAUCCACAAAAUAUGUUGUUAAACAUUUUUUGUAUGAAUAAGAAAUGAAAAUAGCAUUUAUUUUCCAAUAUACAUUCCGUUCAUUGUUAAUACUAGGAGUUGAUGGGCUGUGGUAGAUAUUAAUGAUGCCAUCAACUGGAGAAUCCACUUGUGUCACUUAUACGAGUCAUUUGUCUUGGUUGUGUUGUUUGAGCAGGGUUUUCUACAUCUCAAUCUAUUUCCAUGUUUGUGUCUUAAUGCAAUUUUAAUGGUAAAUGUAAACAUAUUGUUGGUACACGAGGCCUUUGGACCUGUGUUUACAUCCUGUGAUAAACAGAAGAGUCAUGUUUCUCUGCCUCACUUUUUUAGGAUGUCCUUACACACUGUAGCGAAGGAACUGUGAUUCUGAGAUGCGAGCUUGUGUCACAGCUGUCCGGUUUUUUUGUGUUUGUGAAGACAGCCACUUGUAUCAGAAAACAUGAAUUUGCAUCUAUUUUGAAUUAAUGUGUCUUUUUGAGUUACUGUGUUCUUUUUCCUCUGAAAGCAAUUUAUUUUAGGGAAUUAAAAUCUGAAGGAUUUUUCUUUUUUUCAGGACUGCAUUUAAACAGGAUAUUUAGCAGUAUUUAAAAUAAACUUUAGGUAAAGUUACCUUUUAUAACAAGAUAUCCAUUUUUUACAGAAACAUUGUACCAGAUAUGUAUGUUUUGAGUGGAAAAUAAAAGAAUAUCAGGUUUGA